UUAGACCAAAGGUAGUAUAAUAAUACGGGAUUUAGACUUUGACGUUAUUCAUAAUAAUUCACUUGCGAUUGUGGGCAUAAUAAAUUUAUCACUGUUUAGUGUUUUCGUUGUGAUAUCGUUGCUAUUUUUCUAGUUUUAUCUUCAUUCUUUUGAAAUGGGUGCUUUAACAAGUAGACAAAACGCGGGCGUAGAAGAAGCUGAUGUUGUGUCCAAUCAUGCUUAUAAGUAUCCUCCGAGAUCUGGCAAUUACUUUGGAAGCCAUUUUAUAAUGGGUGGUGAGAGGUUUGAUACACCACAGCCAGAAGCCUAUUUGUUUGGUGAAAAUGCUGAUCUUAAUUUUCUUGGCAGUAGACCCACACCAUUUCCCUAUCCACCACCACAAUCUAACGAACCAACUAAAACCUUAAGAAGUCUGGUUAACAUUCGUAAAGAAUCAUUGAGGUUUGUUCGCUGCCCAGAGCCAGUGGGUAAAUUGAGUGAUACAAAUAAGAUAGGAGAUGGGGCGAUCAAACCAGUUAAUUGUAAUACAAAGGGAACAUACUAUAAUAUUGAGUUUACUUUUGAUAGUGACGUUAGAUGCGCUAUAACAAUCUUCUACUUCUGUACGGAGGAAGUUACUCCUACUGGAAUUGUUUAUUAUCCACGAGAUCCGUCUAUGACAUCACAAACAUACCACUACAAGAAAGGCGCCAACCAGCAGUUCUGUCAGAUAUCACAUGUGUUUGACCCUUCAAAAUAUCCCGAGGAGGAUUUGGUGUAUAACGCUGAUAGGGAAAUUAUCCCCAUAGCUAUCUACUGUGUGGUAGAUGAGGGACAAGAUGAAAUCCGACAAUCUCAUACUACAAUAGCGAUUGUGGAAAAGCAUUCUGAUGGUACAUAUGUGUUAAAAGCUCUCAAGCAGAAGCUGUUUGUUGAUGGUCUGUGCUAUUUAUUGCAAGAAAUUUAUGGUAUCGAAAAUAAAAACUUAGAUACUAAGCCAACAUCAGAUGAAGAAACCGAAGAUGGCGGUUCCGAGUGCGUCAUAUGCAUGUGUGACGUUCGCGACACCCUCAUCCUGCCGUGCCGCCAUCUUUGUUUGUGCAACUCGUGCGCAGACUCGCUGCGGUAUCAGGCGAACAACUGUCCCAUAUGCAGGGCGCCGUUCCGCGCCCUGCUGCAGAUUAGGGCGUUACAGCGUAUAACGAACUCGCCCACGUCGCCCGCUUUGCUACCAGCUGCAAGUCCACCAGAUGGUAGCAUGGAGAACAUCCCGGCGGGCUACGAGCCGGUGUCGCUGAUCGAGGCGCUGAACGGGCCGCGGCCGCGCGCCGCCCCCGCGCCGGCGCCCGCCCCCGCGCCCGCGCCCCUCGCCCCGCUGGCGCCCCUCGCUCCGCUCGCGCCCGCUAUUGCGAGCCCCGAUACGGAUACGUCGCAAGCGGCGGAGGUGCUGAACCGCUGCGUGGUUGAGCGCAGCUCGUCCACCAGCCUCGCCAGCCGCCGCAGCAGCUCUGUCGACAAGCGCGACCGGCACGCACCGCUCACACCCGAGUUCCGUAUGUCUGUACUGCUAGCGCGCGAGCAGGGAGGUGCGCUGUACUCUCACAGCAGCAGUGUGCCCGAUCAUCUUGCUAAUUGUAAGAGUUCCCUCAACUCCGUUCACCGUUCGGAAGAGGAGAGCUGCUCGUGUUCGGGGGAGGCGGUGAGGAGUGACGCGGGAGAGGAGGUAGAGGACGACGGCGAGGUGGUCGAGGCGGAGCCCGACAGCGAUGUGGAGAGGAGGUCGCCGCUGCUCACACACGUGGUGCAUAACGGGACAGUGAAGUCGAACGGCGCGAUACGCACGGGCGGGGCGGCGGGGGGUGUGUGCGGGGCGGGGGGCGCGGGGGGUACGGGACCGGGGGGCGCGGCGGCGGCUGCGGGGGCGGAGGGGGUACCCGCGCUCGCGCACAUUGACGACGACGAGCCCGACGCGCACCACUCGGAAGGAACGCGGCCGGACGCCGAGUCGCCGGCGGUUGCCGAGGACUCGGACUAUUUCACGCCGGAGGACACUAACACGACCAUACUGACUGUGCCCAAGCCGAAUGCAGAAGUAGGAACCAAGAUGGCCGGUGAAUGCGCGCCACAGCGCUGGGCUUUGCCGCAUCAUGUUACAUCUUUGCCUGGUACCCCCUUAUCACAAUCCAGCGUACGGUCGUCCGGUGACUCGUACAGUUCGACGUCAUCCACUCGUCAGUUACUCGCCGCCGCUCCACUUACAGCAGAUACGCCUUGUUAAUGCUAAUUAGAUACAUGUUCUCCCAUUUUGAGAUAAAAGUAUUUAAAAGUUCGAAUAUAACCUAACUUUUAGUGUGACAGUGACACGUUUUGCUACGUGGUUAAUAUUUUUUAUCUGUACGUAGUAUAUAAUCUAUGCAUGACAGGUAGUUUAUGUCUUUCUUUAAAAAUUUUUUAGUUUUUUACAAAUCUGUGUGUUAAAAAUUUGUUCAAUCUUCUUUAUUUUACAAAACUAUUUUACCCGUUUAGAAAUUAAAAACUUUUUAACGGAUUUUAAACGCGAU